AUGAAAGAAGUCUUCUAUACGGCAGCCAACCGAUUAUCAACCGAAGAACAAACUUCUAUAAACCAGGCGCAGGAGGAACUGACCACAGGAGCUGGCAAUGAUGAUGAACCGACGAUAAUGCCAGGCGUUCCUCAAGCACCGCAGAAUCGCGAUUAUGCGGACUAUAAACAGGAGAAGCGACAAGAUCAGGAAAUAGAUUCAAAGGAGUCAUCCUUCAACGAGCCGGACGAGUUUAAAAAUGUCAUCUCGCCCGAUUCAGGAGAUUUGAGCUCUCUUCAGUACUUUGGCGCGAUCAUUCUCGCCUUCACUCUAGCCAGCGUGGUUAUUUUCUAUGUUUGGAGAUGGAGAGCGCAGAGUUGUUUAACGCUUACGUUAUCUUUCACUUGCCAAAAAAUGCUCGAAACUACUUUGAUUUGCUUUUCGCAUGAUUUUGCGAGUUACCGAUCAUUUUUGCUAGGAUUUUGGAUCGGUGGCUACGAUGAGCAUGAAGAAUGGUUCCCCUCAAUUCCCGACAACGAAUUGCUCCCUGAUCGACCCGACAAUGGUUAUCUUGGAGGUCAGUGGGGCUGGUCGAACGACAUGCCUUGGAAUUACGUGAACUGGGAUUACGGACAGCCACAAAAUCAAGGCUCAGAUGACUGCGUCAUGCUCAGAACUAUCGAUGGAAAAUGGGAGGACUUUGCUUGCACAGCUAGACUCAAAGGAAUUUGCGAAAAGCGUUCAAAAUCUUACAAACCGCCAGAGGACUCCUUCCCAACUUGCAAGGACGAUUCUUGUUGCAACGGUCAUCUCGGAGUCGAAUACGGAGGCAAAAUCGCUCCCAAGAGCUUUUCAUCUUCUCCAACUUUGGAAGGAUACGAAUGGAACACUCGAGCACAAUUUGGGCGACUAAACCAGCCAAAUAAGCUCAUCGAUCUCAACGGCCUCAAACCAGGCAACGAUGCUGCUGGAGGUUGGGUUUCUGCAGAGAGCGAGAAGAAUCCCUGGUGGGCUGUGACGUUCUAUGAUUCUGAUACUGCUUCAAAGCCAUUUAUCGCCGAAGUCCGUGGAAUCAUGACCCAGGGUCUUGCUGGUUUCAAAGCCAUUCCGAAGUGGAAGCGAUACACGAAAACGUAUCAAGUUCAGUACGAAACGCACGAUGGCGGCAUGGAAUACUUCUACGACAGCAAAGGAGAAAUCAUCACUUUCGAUGGAAACUAUGACAAGGACAAUAUUGUGACCAACUUCUUCCCUUACCCAGUUUUCACUAGAAAGAUCCGAGUGAUUCCAAAAACCUGGCGAACAGGUGCUGCUCUGCGAGUUGAACUGAUCGGCUGCAAAAGUGGCUGUAUGCACUCACUUGGUGUUUGCCAAGAUCGAAUUGUCAACGGAGAGAGCCCAAUCAACAUCAUCUCCGAUUCCGACAUCACUGCAAGUUCAGAAGUAGCUGGCUCUGAGGCUAAAAACGCUCGACUAUGCUACGACAACAACAACUGCAAAGAACGUAACACGCCGACCAAGAAAACAUACCAAGUUUACACACAAAAAUCUUCAUAUGACAGUGCGAAGGGCAAAUGCGGAAAUCAACAAGGAGGUGCUGGCGUUCUUGGAGCAAUUCUCAACGAUAAUGAUCAGCAAAGUGUCCAAAGCAAAGUCCAAACUUCUUCAAAUCCCGGACAAGGUGAAUGCUACUGGAUUGGUCUUUCUCGACAAUCCGGCCAGUGGCUUUGGGAUGAUGGCAGUUCUCUUACUUAUGAGAAUUGGGUUGCAAAUGAUGGUCGAAAUAAUGCAUGUGUCUGCAUGUCUGUUGAUCAACAGUUCAAAUGGACAACACGCGAUUGCAAAGAAGUCAUGCCAUAUGUUUGCCAGCGAACUGAAACUGGAAAGGUCUGGGUUGCCGAGACCGCUACUGUUAACGAGUGGCUGAUGGUUGAUCUCGGAUCUAUUAUGCGAAUCACUGGUAUCUUUACUCAAGGAGAUCCACUUGGAGAAAACUGGGUCACAGAAUACAGUCUUGCUUUCUCCGACAAGAACCUCAAUGACUGGCACGAUUAUCUAAACCACGAAGGAACCGCUGUCGUCCGCUUCCGUGGCAACCACGACAGCCAUGGAAUCGGCGAAGGAAUUCUCCGACAACCAGUUACUGCUCGUUAUGUUAAAGUCAAACCGCUUAGCUGGAAGAACAGAAUUGCUAUGAGAAUCGACAUCAUCGGAUGCAAAACCUCACAGUCUGGUAAAAUCGGAUGUCAAGAUAACGGACAGUCAUUGGCAGAAUAUGGAAGUGCCAUCACUGUUGAAUGCCCGCACGAUUGCGAUCAGGUCACUCCGGUCAAUGUUUAUGGAACGACAAAGUACUCGCUGGAAUCAAGCGUCUGCCAAGCUGCAAUUCACGACAGUCGUGUUCAAGCUCACAACGGUGGAACCGUAUCGCUCAAAUUCAUCGACAACACGGCGGAUUUCAUUGGAACAGAAGCGCAUGGAAUCGAAUCAAAUGACAGAGAUGCAGAAGACCAAGCAAUGAUCUUCCAAAGCGAUCACCUCGGUUGCGAAGAAGGCUGGGUCAAAUACAGAGACAUGUGUUACUACCAACCAGCACGUGCAAAUGGAAACAAAAAGCGAUGGUCUGAAGCAAGAGCAAUUUGCACUGAACUCGGAGGCGAUCUGGCUGUGAUUCCAGAUAAGGCAACAUCUGACUUUAUUUAUGCCAUGAUCAGAAACAAUGAUGACUUGAAUCAUGUGUGGCUUGGAUUGACUGAUAAUGGGCAUCCGAAUUACUACGAAAAAUGGGUUGACGACACUCCAGUUACUUUCACCAACUGGGACAGAAAUCGACCAAGCUUUCAUUCUGGCAACGAAUGUGUUCUUGCUUACCGAGCAAGUUUCCUUUGGCACUCAGAUGACUGCAACAGAAACACAAACUAUAUUUGCCAGCGGCCAGUUGCUCCUACUAAUCAUGUCGACAAGGAAGAAGGCUGUCCUCCUGACGGAUGGAUUCGAUUCGGAACAAAAUGCUACAAAUUCAUGAUGCAACAAGAGAUCUACGUCCACGCUGAACUCAAAUGCAAUGGCAUGAUUGCAGGUCAGUCAUCGCUCGUUACUGUUCCUGAUAGUGCUACAAACGCUUGGCUUCAUGCAAAGGUCGUUGAACUUGUUCAUGCUAACGAUCACACCAACUUCUGGAUCGGUCUUCACGGACAAAGCUACUCUUCUGGCCAAAAUGGAACUACAAUCGAAUAUCUCUGGGCUUCCGGAGAGUGCCCAAGCUACACAAACUGGAAAACUGGUGAACCUGGAAUCAGCACUCAGUGUGUUUUCCCAUUCAAAUACAAGGCUCCUGGUACUGCUUUGACCAAAACAUACUAUGAUUGCGUCGAUGAUCCUGAAGAUCUUUGGUAUCAAAACAUUGGCGGUCCAUGGUGUUCUGGAACAGAUGAUUUCAACCGAGAUCAUGAAUUCUUGCCCUGCAGUGAGGACUUUUUCUACCAAGGAUGUGCGAUCAUGAGCCGCGAAAACGGACAGUGGUAUUCCGAUUGGGGCGAAUUCUGGGAUCCAACAGACAAUUCCGGCGGUCGAGGUUGUUAUGAUAAGCAACACUACAUCUGCGAAGUACCCGCUGAAGAAGAAGAACGACCUCCGUGUAUUCCUCGUGAGCCGAUUGCUGGUCCGGAAUGUCUGGGCGGUGCUGACUGGGUCGGAUGGGAUGACGGUGAAGCUAAAUCCCACGAUUGCUAUUUCAUCCACUCGUACGUGAACGAACCAAUCGAUGGUCGCGAUGAUGGAGUCAACUUUGGUGAAGCUGAUGCUUUCUGUCGAUCAAUGGGUGCGAAUCUUGUUUCUCUUCAUAACUACGACGAAAAUGCUAAAUUGAUCGAACUCAUCAAGGACAAAGAAAGAAAAGGACUCAAUGUUCGAGAUUCUUAUUUUAUCGGCUUCAACGACAGAGGUGAGCGGGGAUAUCAAUGGACAGAUGCUACAGCGGUUGACUACACUAACUGGCUUGCUGGGCAACCUGAGAAGAAUGCACCAGAUGAAGAAUGCGCGAUGACUUAUUCGGGAUACGUUCAAGGUCAGUGGUACUCUGAUUAUUGCAAUUCACACGCUGGUUUGAUCUGCGGAAUUACUCGAGGUAAACAGCCAGAGCCACUGCCAACUCAUCCACCAACCAUCCAGCCAAGUCAAGAGUGCAUGAGAACUGCUAAUCCAGGCGAGACCUGGUACGAGCUUGAGCAUAGAGCUGACGGAAACAUCAAGUGCGUGAUGGUAGUUCCAAAUGAUUCUGGAAAUCAAGACACAGCUAACACCAAGUGCGCAAAUCUUGGCGACGGAGGAACUUUGAUCUCAAUUCAUCAUAAAGAAGAGCUGUCGCAGUUGACAAAGAUCUUACGUCAGGACCCAAGUUAUGAUCAACCAGCUUAUUGGAUCGGUUUGCGAUACAAAUACGAUUACUCUGAUUACUUGACGAAAUGGCGUUGGCUUGAUGGUUCUCCCGUCGACUACGACAAUUACGCUGAAGGAAAUCCAAAAGACAACCAAUAUCUUUACGAUGCAACUGUCAUGCACAACGACGGACGAUGGUUCACUGAAGACUAUCUAACCUCGUUCCCUUUUAUUUGCCAGCGAUGGCCACAAGGAGCACCAACUGCGCCUCCAGAGCCCGAGAGAAACGGUGGAUGUCCGAAAGAUUGGUACGACUUUAAAAAUCGCUGCUAUAAGUUUUCCGGAAAGCGAGGAGCUACCGAGGAGCACUUGUCUUUUGACAUGGCUGGUUUCAAAUGUAGAGAACAAGAAGGAGCUCCAGAAGGGCAGUACGCUGAGCUGGCAUCGGUCCCGGAUGCAACUUACGACAACUUCGUCUUCGGCCAUUUAUAUGACUCUCACGGGGCAGUCUGGCUAGGAGGCGAUGCUAAUCAAGCAAGAGAAUGGUCUUGGCUUGAUCAAACUCCCUGGGUUUUUAGCUAUUGGGCCAAUGGAGAACCAAAUAAUGCUAACAACAACGAGUACUGCUUGUCAAUGAUGGUUGCAGAAAACAACGGUCGAUGGAACGAUGCUAAUUGUCUCGAUGAAAAACCAUUUGUCUGCUCAAUGUUCAAGGAUCCAUCACUUCCGGCGCCAAGUCCACCAAAUCCCCACAAUUGCCCAGCAGAUUACAAGCCGCUUGGCGAUCACUGCUAUAAAGUCGUUGAUAAUCAAAUGGACUACGAAGCAGCAAAGGCUUCAUGCGCGAAUUCCGCAAGUGGAUUUGGCUAUGCUGGUCUUGCAACUAUUCUGGACGUUCAUGACAAUGCCUACCUUACAGCUCUUAUCAACGAGGGAUCUUACACAUCUGACAGCUACUGGAUUGGUCUUUACACUGACAAGAAUGUCGUCAAUACUAAUGGAACUGUCUGGCUCUGGGAGGACAAUCGACCUGUCUCUUUCACAAAAUGGGCAAAUGGAUCCCCCGUCGAACCAGCUGGAGACAAAUCUUGUGUCAAAAUGCAGGGUAGCGGAAGAUGGGUUCAAGAAGACAACUGUAACACUGCUGCUAAAUCGAUCUGUAAGUUAGAGAAAAACUAUAAACCAGAAAAUCACGACAACCCGGGCGAAGAACGAUGUGACCCAGAAUGGUGGGGAUAUGGCGGAUACUGCUACAUCUUCCGAACUGGCUGGGAGGCUACCGAGUACUGGGAAACUUCCGAAGAAUGGUGCGUCAGUCAAGGAGCACAUCUUGCUUCGAUCAGAGAUGAUGAGGAGAGACGAGCACUUGCAGCAAAGAGCAACGAGGAUCUUUGGAUCGGACUUCGACGAGAUGAAUCAAAUGCAUUUUCUGAGUGGUCUGACGGAUCUGCACUAGCCUACACAGCUUGGAUGCCUGGUGAGCCAAACGACGGCGGUGCAUCUGGCAUUUCAGAACCUUGUGCAUUUAUGAACAGCCAAGGGCUUUGGAACGAUGUCACCUGUAAUAACUGGAAGGGGUAUGUUUGUAAGAAACCAGCUCAGAUGUCUUUCUGCUCGGUUCCAAUUGAGCAGCGUCAUGACUGUGGAUACUAUGGAAUCCAGCAGGACGAAUGCAUCGGCUACGGUUGUUGCUGGAGCCCCGUCGAGGAUGGACCCGGCUACUGGUGCUUCCAUCCAAACAACAAUGUCGAAUGCUUGGAACAAGGAGGCCGAUGUAUUCCACGUGGCAAGGUUCACAAUUGCGAUCGAGGUGUCGUCGAAGGAAUCUGUUCCAACGAUGGCCACGGCGGAAAUGAUCAAGUUUGCUGCAAAUCUUGCACUGAUUCUCCCAAAGAAUGCAAGGCGGAAGAAGAUGAGUGGAGCAAGCAAGAUACAGAAUGCGUUUUAGCUGGCGGAAAGUGCAUUUUCGAAGGAAAUGAGUGUAGAAACUUCAUCAAGCCAGAACUGGGUUGCGGAGGUCCUAGUGAUAGACAAUGCUGUGCUCCUAACAGCCCACCAACUCCAAUGCCAACAACUACACACGAGACUGUGAAAACAACUCAAACAACAAAACCAGAAGGAUCUGGUGCAAAUGUAGGAGCCAUCGUCGCUGGUGUUUUCGUCGCCAUUGUUGUUGUCGGUGCAGUUGGUCUUUACAUCGUUAAGCAGGGCAACCCACUUGGUCAUCAGCAGCAGAGCUUCCAAAAUCCUGGCAAUGCUGGAAACGUCGAUGGAGUUGUGGAUGGACAUGAUAAUCCUCUUCAGGAUAACGCAGACGACGACAAUGGUAGCCCCGGCGGUGCAAGCGAGCCAGUAGCAACUGUCACAACUACAGAAAGCUUCAACGACACAUAUGCUUCCCCCGUAGAAACUCCAGCAGCACCAGCUCAACAAGAGAACGUCUACGACAGUCUGGACAUUCUCGGCGAAUCAACUGAGCCAGCUGCUCCUACAGCAACGACUGUAUCAAUUGACAACGAUACCACAACGGAUCUACUUUUCUAA